CUAGUGUAGGAAUCCGUCGUUUCACGUUACCCACUCUACUCGGGUUAGUUUGAGAAUCUCAACGAGGAGGGGUUUGACUCAAGAGAGGCAGGACUGCAGCCUGCUGUACGUUCAAGUCUGGCAGCUUGCGAUGAAAUAGUAGCAGAAUAAUAGAGCUUCGCUGCAGGGCAAAGGGAUGCCCGCAUGGUCGGAGCUGAAAGAGGAUCUGCUGGCAGAGGCUGCUGAGAGCUUCAGCUAGCGCAGUACCCGGCCUGCUGGCCCGCUGGGCGGGCAUUUCUAUCAGCCUGCUCCUCCUUUCCCAUGUCAGGCCUCUCCUUCACUGAGACAAAAAUAUAUGAAGCUGUAAAUAUCUGCAGAGAUCCUUGGCAGUGUUACCUCCAGCAAUAAGGUGUAGAGGUCCGUGACGCGCACACACCACCCGCCAAGAUGGUGGCCCUGUCGCUGAAGAUCUGCGUGCGGCAGUGCAAUGUGGUGAAGACCAUGCAGUUCGAGCCCUCCACUGCCGUCUACGAUGCAUGUCGGAUCAUUCGGGAGAGGGUCCAAGAGGCCCAGACAGGGCAGGCCUCAGACUACGGACUGUUCCUCUCUGAUGAAGAUCCCAGGAAAGGAAUAUGGCUGGAAUCUGGGAGAACUCUGGAUUACUAUAUGCUCCGGAAUGGGGACAUUCUGGAAUACAAGAAAAAGCAGAGGCCGCAGAAGAUUAAAAUGAUGGACUGCGCCAUUAAAACCAUCAUGGUGGAUGACUCCAAAACUGUGGGAGAGCUGCUUGUAACCAUAUGCAGUAGAAUAGGAAUUACCAAUUAUGAGGAGUACUCCCUGAUCCAGGAGCUUCCUGAGGAGAAGAAGGAGGAUAGCACAGGGACACUAAAGAAGGACAGGACCUUGCUGAGAGAUGAGAGGAAGAUGGAGAAACUGAAGGCCAAACUUCACACAGACGAUGACUUGAACUGGUUGGACCACGGCCGGACCUUCCGGGAGCAGGGCGUGGAGGAGAGCGAGACGCUGCUGCUCAGGCGCAAGUUCUUCUACUCGGACCAGAACGUGGACUCCCGCGACCCGGUCCAGCUCAACCUGCUCUACGUUCAGGCUCGAGACGACAUCCUAAAUGGCUCCCACCCGGUGUCUUUCGAUAAAGCCUGUGAGUUUGGAGGAAUUCAGGCCCAGAUCCAGUUUGGGCCGCACGUUGAACACAAACACAAGCCAGGAUUCCUGGACUUGAAGGAAUUUCUGCCCAAGGAAUAUAUCAAGCAGAGGGGGGCAGAGAAGAAAAUAUUUCAGGACCACAGGAACUGUGGGGAAAUGAGUGAGAUCGAAGCCAAAGUGAAAUAUGUCAAACUGGCACGGUCCCUGCGAACGUACGGCGUGUCUUUCUUCCUGGUGAAGGAAAAAAUGAAAAGUAAGAAUAAGCUAGUCCCGCGAUUGCUGGGCAUUACCAAAGAGUCUGUCAUGCGUGUGGAUGAGAAGACCAAAGACGUGGUGCAGGAGUGGCCUCUGACCACAGUGAAGAGAUGGGCGGCCUCACCUAAGAGCUUCACGCUGGAUUUUGGAGAAUACCAGGAGAGCUACUACUCGGUACAGACCACUGAGGGUGAACAGAUUUCACAGCUGAUUGCAGGAUACAUUGACAUCAUCCUUAAAAAGAAGCAGAGUAAAGAUCGCUUUGGGUUGGAAGGAGAUGAAGAAUCAACGAUGCUGGAAGAAUCAGUCUCCCCAAAGAAAUCCACCAUCUUGCAGCAGCAGUUUAACCGCGUGGGUCGGGUCGAGCACGGGUCUGUGGCACUGCCAGCUGUCAUGCGCUCGGGCUCCGUUGGACCAGAGACUUUCAACAUGGGCACCAUGCCCUCUGCCCAGCAGCAGGUCACCAUGGGACAGAUGCACAGGGGACACAUGCCCCCUCUGAGCUCUGCCCAGCAGGCUCUCAUGGGCACCAUCAACACGAGCAUGCAGGCUGUCCAACGAGCCCAGGAUGACCUCGGCGAAGUGGACAACCUACCCCCACUGGGACAAGACAUGGCUUCCAGGGUGUGGGUGCAGAACAAAGUCGAUGAGUCCAAGCAUGAAAUCCACUCCCAGGUGGACGCCAUCACCGCUGGAACCGCUUCCGUGGUCAACCUGACCGCAGGUGACCCCACGGACACGGACUACACGGCGGUGGGCUGCGCCAUCACCACCAUCUCCUCCAACCUGACGGAGAUGUCCAAGGGCGUCAAGCUGCUGGCGGCCCUGAUGGAGGACGAGGUGGGCAGCGGGCAGGACCUCAUGCGGGCCGCCAGGACCCUGGCCGGGGCCGUGUCAGACUUACUGAGAGCCGUGGAGCCAGCUUCCGGAGAGCCUCGACAGACGGUGUUGACCGCAGCAGGCAGCAUCGGUCAAGCCAGCGGCGACCUGCUGCGCCAAAUCGGGGAGAAUGAGACCGAUGAACGGUUCCAGGAUAUUUUGAUGAACCUGGCCAAAGCGGUGGCCAACGCCGCUGCCAUGCUGGUCCUGAAGGCCAAGAACGUGGCCCAGGUGUCCGAGGACACGGUGCUGCAGAACAGAGUCAUCGCAGCCGCCACGCAGUGCGCCCUCUCCACCUCCCAGCUGGUAGCCUGUGCCAAGGUGGUGAGCCCCACUAUCAGUUCCCCGGUGUGUCAGGAGCAGCUGGUGGAGGCGGGGAAGCUGGUGGACCGCUCGGUGGAGGGCUGCGUGAAGGCCUGCCACUCGGCCACCGACGACGCCGAGCUGCUGAAGCAGGUGACAGCGGCCGCCAGCGUGGUGAGCCAGGCGCUCAACGACCUCCUCCAGCACGUCCGCCACUACGCCAGCCGCGGGGAGCCCAUCGGCCGCUACGACCAGGCCACCGACACCAUCAUGACCGUCACCGAGAGCAUCUUCAGCUCCAUGGGCGAUGCUGGGGAGAUGGUCCGCCAGGCCAGAGUUCUGGCUCAGGCCACCUCCGACCUGGUGAACGCCAUGAGGUCGGACGCUGAAGCCGAGAUCGACGUGGACAACUCCAAGAAGCUGCUGGCCGCCGCCAAGCUGCUGGCCGACGCCACGGCGAGGAUGGUGGAGGCCGCGAAGGGGGCUGCAGCGUACCCGGAGAACGAGGACCAGCAGCAGCGUCUGAGGGAGGCGGCGGAGGGGCUGCGUGUGGCCACUAACGCCGCGGCGCAGAACGCCAUCAAGAAGAAACUGGUCAACAGGCUGGAGAAUGCGGCGAAGCAGGCCGCAGCUGCAGCCACGCAGACCAUCGCCGCGUCCCAGAAUGCAGCGGCGUCCAACAAGAACACUGCCGCUCACCAGCAGCUAGUGCAGAGCUGUAAGGCAGUGGCAGACCACAUCCCACAGCUGGUUCAGGGUGUGCGGGGCAGCCAGGCCCAUCCAGAGGAUCUUAGUGCCCAACUGGCCCUCAUCAUUGCCAGCCAGAGCUUCCUCCAGCCUGGCAGUAAGAUGGUGGUAACGGCAAAAUCCGCGGUUCCUACCGUGACUGACCAGGCAGCCGCCAUGCAGCUAGGCCAGUGUGCCAAGAACCUGGCCACCAGCCUGGCUGAGCUAAGGACUGCAGCCCAGAAGGCCAAUGAAGCAUGUGGCCCAAUGGAAAUAGACUCCGCCCUCACUGCUGUCCAAACCCUGAAGAAUGAACUCCAAGAUGCAAAGAUGGCUGCCGUGGAAGGGCAACUUAAACCUCUACCUGGAGAGUCGCUGGAGAAGUGUGCCCAGGACCUGGGGAGCACCUCCAAGGCUGUGGGCUCUUCUAUGGCUCAGCUGCUCACUUGUGCUGCACAGGGAAACGAACACUACACAGGCGUGGCUGCCAGGGAGACGGCCCAGGCGCUGAAGACUCUGGCCCAGGCCGCCCGGGGCGUGGCCGCCUCCACCACCGAUCCUCAGUCCGCGGCGGCCAUGUUGGACUCCGCUCGGGACGUCAUGGAGGGCUCUGCCAUGCUCAUUCACGAGGCGAAGCAGGCCCUGGUCUCCCCCGGUGACGCAGAGAGCCAGCAGAGACUGGCACAGGUGGCCAAGGCGGUGUCUCACUCUUUGAACAACUGUGUGAACUGCCUGCCUGGACAGAAGGAUGUUGAUAUGGCUUUGAAGAGCAUAGGAGAGGCCAGCAAGAAGCUCCUGGUGGACACUCUCCCGCCGUGCCAAAAGUCUUUCCAGGAGGCCCAGAGCGACCUGAAUCAGACGGCCGCGGACCUCAAUCACUCCGCUGGGGAGGUGGUCCAUGCAUCCCGGGGCACCAGCAGCCAGCUGGCCGUGGCUUCCGGAAAGUUCAGCGAGGACUUUGACGAGUUCCUGGACGCUGGCAUAGAGAUGGCAGGGCACACUCAGUGCAAAGAGGACCAGAUCCAGGUCAUUGGCAACCUAAAGAACAUCUCCAUGGCCUCCAGCAAGCUGCUGCUUGCUGCCAAGUCUCUCUCAGUGGAUCCAGGGGCAGCCAAUGCCAAAAACCUCCUGGCUGCUGCAGCCAGAGCGGUGACGGAGAGCAUUAACCAGCUUAUCACGCUGUGUACCCAGCAGGCUCCAGGCCAGAAGGAGUGUGACAACGCUCUGCGUGAGCUCGAGGCAGUGAGGGGAAUGCUCGGUAACCCCAGUGAGCCGGUCAGUGACCUGUCCUACUUCGACUGCAUCGAGAGCGUGAUGGAGAACUCCAAGGUCCUGGGAGAGUCCAUGGCUGGAAUCUCUCAAAACUGUAAGACUGGAGACGUUCCAGCAUUUGGGGACUGUGUGGGCGUGGCCUCCAAGGCCCUUUGUGGGCUGACUGAGGCAGCGGGGCAGGCUUCCUACUUGGUGGGUGUGUCCGACCCAAACAGCCAAGCAGGUCACCAGGGGCUGGUGGACCCCAUCCAGUUUGCUCGAGCCAAUCAGGCCAUUCAGAUGGCCUGUCAGAACCUGGUGGAUCCAGCCAGCAGCCCAUCCCAGGUGCUGUCUGCGGCUACAAUCGUAGCCAAGCACACCUCCGCCUUGUGCAAUGCCUGCCGCCUGGCUUCCUCUAAAACCGCCAACCCCGUGGCCAAGAGGCACUUUGUUCAGUCGGCUAAAGAGGUGGCCAACAGUACAGCCAACCUGGUCAAAACCAUAAAGGCUCUUGAUGGGGAUUUCUCCGAGGAGAACCGGGACAAGUGCCGUGUUGCCACUGCGCCUCUCAUCGAAGCUGUGGAGAACCUGACGGCCUUCGCCUCCAACCCAGAGUUCGCCAGCGUUCCUGCUCAGAUUAGCAAUGAGGGCUCAGCUGCUCAGGAGCCCAUCUUGCGGUCGGCACGGUCCAUGCUGGACAGCUCCACACACCUCCUGAAGACCGCCCGCUCACUCAUCAUCAACCCCAAGGACCCACCCACCUGGUCUAUCCUGGCCGGCCACUCCCGUACCGUGUCCGAUUCCAUUAAGAGCCUUAUCACUGCUAUCAGGGACAAAGCUCCAGGACAGAGGGAGUGCGACUCCUCCAUCGACAAUAUCAACAAAUGCAUCCGUGAUAUCGAGCAGGCCUCUCUGGCGGCUGUCAGCCAGAGCCUUCCCACAAGGGAUGACAUUUCACUGGAGGCUUUGCAAGACCAUUUAACAUCCGCAGUGCAGGAGAUUGGCCAUCUCAUUGACCCCAUCACAAUAGCAGCAAGGGGAGAGGCUGCCCAACUGGGACACAAGGUCACCCAGCUUGCCAGCUACUUCGAACCCCUUAUCAUGGCAUCUGUGGGUUUGUCCUCCAAACUCCUUGACCACCAGCAACAAAUGACCGUCCUGGACCAGACCAAGACAUUGGCCGAAUCUGCCCUGCAGAUGCUGUACGCUGCCAAGGAGGGAGGGGGCAACCCAAAGGCGGCCCAUACUCAUGAGGCCAUCGCUGAGGCGGCCCAGCUGAUGAAGGAGGCCGUGGACGACAUCAUGGUGACUCUGAACGAAGCGGCCAGCGAGGUGGGCAUGGUGGGAGGCAUGGUGGACUCCAUCGCAGAGGCAAUGGGCAGGUUGGAUGAAGGAACGCCUCCAGAACCAGAGGGCUCGUUUGUGGAUUAUCAAACAACAAUGGUGAAAUACUCCAAGGCCAUUGCUGUCACUGCCCAGGAGAUGAUGACAAAGUCAGUGACCAGUCCAGAGGAACUGGGGGGUCUGGCUUCACAAGUGACCACAGACUAUGGCCAGCUGGCCCUCCAGGGUCGUUUAGCAGCUGCCACAGCAGAGCCAGAGGAGAUUGGGUUCCAGAUAAAGACGCGAGUCCAGGAGCUAGGACACGGCUGCAUCUUCCUGGUCCAGAAGGCGGGGGCCUUACAGGUCAUCCCCACUGACAGUUUUACCAAGAGGGAGCUCAUCGAGUGUGCCCGGGCUGUCACUGAGAAGGUCUCCAUGGUGCUGUCGGCCCUCCAGGCGGGGAACAAGGGCACGCAGGCCUGCAUCACGGCCGCCAGUGCUGUCUCCGGGAUCAUCGCCGACCUGGACACCACCAUCAUGUUCGCCUCGGCCGGCACCCUCAACGCAGAGAACGAAGAGUCCUUCGCCGACCACAGGGAGAACAUCCUGAAGACGGCCAAAGCUCUGGUGGAGGACACUAAGAUGCUGGUGUCUGGAGCUGCAUCCAGUCAGGAAAAACUGGCCCAGGCUGCCCAGUCCUCCGCAAAGACCAUCACCCAGCUGACCGACGUGGUCAAGCUGGGGGCCGCCAGCAUCGGAUCCGACGACCCUGAAACGCAGGUGGUUCUAAUAAACGCGGUGAAGGAUGUUGCCAAGGCUCUGGCCGAGCUGAUAGGGGCCACCAAAUGUGCUGCGGGAAAGCCUGCCGACGACCCCUCCAUGUACCAGCUAAAGAGCGCUGCCAAGCUGUUCUCCCGGAAGGUGAAAGCAGGAAGAGGGAGCCCUCCUAAUUGUUAUAAAGACGUUAAAGACGUGCCGGUGAUGGUGACGAACGUGACGUCGCUCCUGAAGACGGUGAAGGCGGUGGAGGACGAGGCCACUCGCGGGACGAGGGCGCUGGAGGCCACCAUAGAGUGCAUCAAGCAGGAGCUGACUGUGUUCCAGUCGAAAGAAGUUCCAGAGAAGUCGACCACGCCGGAGGAGUUCAUCCGCAUGACAAAGGGCAUCACCACGGCGACAGCCAAAGCCGUGGCGGCAGGCAACUCUGCGCGGCAGGAGGACGUGAUCUCCACGGCCAACUUGAGCCGGAAGGCCAUCUCAGACAUGCUGACCACCUGUAAGCAAGCGGCCUUUCACCAGGAGGUGAACGAGGACGUGCGGAGCCGGGCGCUGACGUACGGGACCGAGUGCACCCAUGGCUACAUCCAGCUUCUGGAGCACGUGCUGCAGGUCCUGCAGAAGCCCACGCCGGAACAGAAGCAGCAGCUGGCCGUGUUCUCUAAGCGCGUGGCGGGAGCCGUCACUGAGCUCAUCCAGGCAGCAGAGGCCAUGAAAGAUGGAGGCACAGAGUGGGUGGAUCCAGAAGACCCCACAGUGAUCGCUGAAACGGAGCUGCUGGGUGCCGCUGCGUCCAUUGAGGCUGCAGCCAAGAAGCUGGAGCAGCUGAAGCCCAGAGCCAAGCCCAAGCAGGCAGACGAGACCCUGGACUUUGAGGAGCAGAUCCUGGAGGCUGCCAAGUCCAUCGCCGCGGCGACCAGUGCCCUGGUGAAGUCGGCGUCUGCCGCGCAGAGAGAGUUGGUGGCGCAGGGCAAGGUGGGGUUGAUCCCUGCAAACGCUGUGGAUGACGGACAGUGGUCCCAGGGCCUCAUCUCAGCGGCCCGCAUGGUGGCGGCCGCUACCAGCAGCCUGUGCGAGUCGGCCAACGCCUCGGUCCAGGGCCACGCCAGCGAGGAGAAGCUCAUCUCCUCCGCCAAGCAGGUGGCCGCCUCCACCGCCCAGCUCCUGGUGGCCUGCAAGGUCAAGGCCGACCAGGACUCCGAGGCCAUGAGGAGGCUACAGGCUGCCGGAAACGCCGUGAAGCGGGCAUCGGAUAACCUGGUGAGGGCCGCGCAGAAGGCCGCCUUCGACAAGGCCGACGACGACAACGUGGUGGUGAAGACCAAAUUUGUGGGCGGGAUUGCUCAGAUCAUCGCUGCGCAGGAGGAGAUGCUGCGGAAGGAGCGGGAGCUGGAGGAGGCGCGGAAGAAGCUGGCGCAGAUCAGGCAGCAGCAGUACAAGUUCCUGCCCAGCGAGCUGCGGGAGGACGAGAACUGAGCCCAGAUCUCUCAGCAGGACAGGGCCCGGCACCGCCGUGCAGCAGCGUGUGUGUCUGGGUGUGUCUGUCUGUGCGCACGCACUGCUAGCGCCCAUGCUAAACUCAUUCAGUGGAAUUAGUUACUCAUUAAACAAGCGAGCAAGCUCAUGAAAACUUGCGCUUAUACCUGAACACAAGUUCACACUUCUAAAACACAUUAUUUUACACACCUCUCUCACCCCACACACACACACACACACACACACACACGCACGCACGUACACACACACACGCACACACUGCAUAUACCUGAAAUGACACAUGGGCUCACACACUACACACGAUCACGCACAUGCGCAAACGCGUGCACAGACCCACGCACAUACGCUCUGCUCAUGUUCUUUUUUUGUCAUUGUGACAGAGGCGGAGGAUUACUGCUUUUAGCCUGUUAUGGAGGCCUCUGUCCCGGCCUUAGUGUUCCAUCAGCCUGAGCUAACAAAACAUCGCCAACGACUAUGGACAGGGUACGCCGGCCUUAAAAAAAAAAAAAAAGCAUCCUUAUAUGAUAUCCCCAACUUAUCACUGGGAAAAUAUCCCUGUCAAUACAAUGCGAAAUAUGAAACUAAUGAAUUCAGUGGCUAGCGAAUAUAGUCUUUUCUUACAUUUUUAAUGUAAGGAAUCAUUGUGUUCUUCCUCUUAACAAGCAGAGAUGAUAAGCUUGAUUGACCGGGUACAUAGAAGUAUGUGGGCACAGGCCCAUGUACAUUGACAAUAUCAGACAUGUGAUAUAGACCUUAUUAAUAGAAGGGAUAUGAAUUUAUUGAAGGUAUUUUCUGGAUGAUUCGGUUGUUCCUCGGAGUCUUGCAGUUAGUUUGAAGUCUUGGAUUUCUCUGUAGACCUGGAACCCACUCUGUUGCACUAAGCGCAAUGCAAAUCUGUGAUAUCAAAAUGGUUUUCCUUUGCUAGGCAGUUGUGUAAAUGCUUCUAGAUGUAAUUACUGCACCACUAUCAGUAGCUUCAAAAAGGUACCACAUUAAUUCUUGUGAAUCUCUUCUUUUUCUGUUUGUCAAAACGCAAUGCAGACCACAAACACGUCUCUGUGCACUGGAGAGCACCGUACUAUCACCUACCUGCAAUCUUGAGCCAUUUCAGAGGGCUCAUUGCUGUUAAUGACAUAUAUAAUCACCUUUCAUCUGGAUGUGGAACCCCUGUGAAUGUUUAACUUUCCAGCCAUUAGGGGUCGAAACAUUAAUUCACUGUAUUUCACUGGAGACACUGAAGUUUCGCUUUUCUUUAGCUCUCUAGGCUUUGAGCACAUUUUGCAGAAAAGAUCUUCUCUCUGUGUCAUAUUUUUACACUACCUUUACAGUUCUAAUGAUGCUCUCACAGCAUGUGCUGCACACUAAAAAAAUCUUUUUCCACAACCUGCUGUCUGUAUUGAGCCAUAUAUUGUGUAGUUUAGACUGAACUACACAAUGCAGUAUGGCGAAUGGGGCACUUAAUGUGUAACACAGUGACUUAUUUGGGUUGCAGGUGUAGGUCUAAUGCUUUUAGACUGUAGGCAAGGACACAACAAGCCUUGCUUCCUGUUCCCUCAUGCACUCUACAAGCACUACAUAUCAAGAAGGCUGAAAACUUCUGCAGUUAAAUAUGAAUAAAUGCAAAUAAUGUAUGAAGCAAAAAAUGUACAGAAUGUUUGCUGUGUGAAAUACUUAGCUUUGUCAUGUGUGGAGAAAAUGAAAGUCUCUCUAAUGAGGGGGAAAUGAGACCAAGUUGUAGCUUCAAGACAUACCCUAGUCUGACACCCCCUCCCCCAGUCCCCCACCAAAAAGUAAAUUAACAUACUAAAUACUAAGAAAAGUCCGUUAUUUCACAACACUGCUACACAGCUCCUGUGUUUAUGAAUUUAAAGGGCCACAAUUGCUCAUGGCAGAUGACCUGCAAUCUCACUUCUGUCUGAAGUGUGGAAAAUCUGUGCAUUAUAUUGAGUAAUCUAAAUGCCAACUUUAAUGCCUGUGGGACUGGUAUUCCUUCCUUAGUGAAAGAGUGCACUCUGUGAUUUACAUUUUGGUUCCAUUCCCAUUGGUUUUUCCUCCAUGUAAAGGUACUGAAGUUUCUUGAGAAUCAAUGUUGAAUAAACAGUCCAAGCAACUCAAUGGAAGGAGCUUCUUUACACUUUCUGACAGCAUCACACCUGAGUCCUACUCUCCUGCGUGACUUGACAUAAUGAAUGCCUGUGCAUUUGCGUGCCUUCAUGUGCAGUUAAUGUAAAGGGGAAUAGCCAUUAAUAGCAGCAAGCUUUUGAUGGCAAGUUCUACCAGUUAAAUGGAAACGUUUCCAAGUCGGGCUGAGUAAUUGUAAGUGAGGAGACUUGUCGGCGGCCUUGUUUACAGCUCAUAGGCUCCUAUUCUGCUAUUCAUAAGCUUUCGUGGACUAAUACAUGGAAGACACCUCGUACUUUGCGCAUUGCAGAUGCUGUAGGAUGCACUGAUGUUUUUUGUUUUUUUUAAGCUCUGCACACACAGUAAAUAUUACCUUCUGUUUGGAGCUACCCUGUCUUUCUGCUUUUACCUAUGUUGUGUAUUGAGAGCAACAAAAAAUGUAUCCAACCUUCUAUUUUUGAUGAUUAAGUUUAUUCUCUGUAUGUAGUGCGACUCUUGGCAUUAUUACACUUGGUCUUUUUUUAAACACAUCUGUCCGUGUCCAUGUAGCCUCCCACAAUCACCACCUUAGUUUCUGGCCCAAUCUGGUCUGUGUAGCAUAUUAGUGCCUUAGUCUUUUGCCCACUCAGCAUCUGGUGUGAUGUCACUGAUUUGCCCCUUUCCUCAAGGGGGUGAAUGUAACCCUGUUAGUUCUUUCACAUGUAGUACCUAUAUUUUCAUCUUUGAACUUCCAUGCUUCUGUGUUCUGAUAGCAUUAGCUGGUGGGUGCAUCCAUGGCCCUCUACUUCACAUGUAGCAUGCCCUGGUGGGCACAAUCAUGCUUCUGUACUUUGCUUGUUGCAUUGCCUGGUGGGCAUCUCCAUGGUCCUUUAAUCCACCUGUUCCAUUGCUUUAAUGGGCAGUGAUGUACCAUUCAGUUAAGACAUGGUGUAUAAAAACUACAAUAUCAACACAUUUUGUACUGCAUUCCAUGAGCCUGUGCCAAGAUGCUAUUGAACUAAUGACAGAUAACGUGUUAUUCUGUCUCAGAGUUAAUGUAUGUUAAAAGUAUAUCUCAGAGAUGGGACUGAUUGACUUGUUUUAUCAGUUUUCUUUAAGCCACUAUGAAUGGAGAUUUUUUCUAAAUGAUAAAUAAUGAAGAUUAAAAUACAAAAGUCUGUUGUUGACACUGUUUAGUGUGAUGUAUUGCGGAAAAAUAACUUGUACCUUUGUUUGAAUUUAAAUGUGUGUUUUCCCUUAACAGACUAAAGUAGUUAGGUGAGAAUGAUAAAACUACAGACAUGAAGUGAAGCUGUAUGUAUACUAUUUAUCUAGCCACUCUGAUGCACAUACAUACACAAAAAUAAAACAAAUAUUUUUUGUAUUCACUGAAAAUAAAGAAUUUCAAAGUACAA